CGCGCGAUCGACGCCGCGUCGCACUCAGUCACUCAAAACACACACCCGCACACACGAUGGCCGCCGACGAACCCGUCGAGCAAGAGGAGGAGCUCCUCGACUACGAGGAGGAGGAAGAAGCGACCGAGGUUCAGGGCGCCAAGGCGGGCGAGGCGGUCAAGAAGGGCUACGUCGGCAUUCACAGCACCGGUUUCAAGGACUUCCUCCUGAAGCCGGAGCUCCUGCGCGCGAUCGUGGACUGCGGCUUCGAGCACCCGUCCGAAGUCCAACACGAAUGCAUCCCGCAGGCGAUCCUCGGCAUGGACGUCAUCUGCCAGGCCAAGUCUGGCAUGGGCAAGACGGCGGUGUUCGUCCUCGCGGUGCUGCAGCAGCUCGAGCCCGUCCCGGGCGAGAUCGGCGCGCUCAUCCUGUGCCACACCAGAGAGCUCGCGUAUCAGAUCAUGCACGAGUUCGAGCGGUUCUCCGUGUACCUCCCGAACGUGAACGUCUCCGUCGUCUUCGGCGGCGUGAACAUCAAGCAGCAGAAGGAGGAGCUCGAGGCGAAGCCGCCGAGCGUGGUGGUGGCGACGCCCGGGCGGCUCAAGGCGCUCGCGAAGGACGGCUCGCUGUCGCUGAAGCAGUGCGGGCACUUCAUCCUGGACGAGUGCGAUAAGAUGCUCGAGCAGCUCGACAUGCGCUCGGACGUGCAGGAGAUCUUCAAGAUGACCCCGCACGAUAAGCAGGUGAUGAUGUUCAGCGCGACGCUCAGCAAGGAGAUUCGACCGGUGUGCAAAAAGUUUAUGAACGAUCCGAUGGAGAUCUACGUGGACGACGAGACGAAGCUGACGCUGCACGGUCUCGUGCAGCACUACAUCAAGCUCCAGGAGGGCGAGAAGAACCGUAAGCUGAACGACCUUCUCGACGCGCUGAUGUUCAACCAGGUUGUGAUCUUCGUCAAGUCCGUGCAGCGGUGCACGUACCUCGACAAGCUCCUCACCGAGUGCAACUUUCCGUCCAUCGCCAUCCACCGCGGGAUGUCCCAAGAGGAGCGCCUCGCGCGGUAUAAGUCGUUCAAGGAGGGGCACAAACGGAUCCUCGUCGCGACGGACCUCGUCGCGCGCGGGAUCGACAUCGAGCGGGUGAACAUCGUCAUCAACUACGACAUGCCGGAUGGCGCGGACACGUACUUGCACCGCGUAGGUCGCGCCGGACGGUUCGGCACCAAGGGGCUCGCGAUCACGUUCAUCGCCUCGGACGAGGACAGCGGGGUUUUGAACCAAGUGCACGAGCGCUUCGAGGUGGAGAUCAAGGAGCUCCCGGAGCAGAUCGACACGUCCACGUACAUGCCUGCGUGAAGUACGCGAACCGAAACGAAACGCGGAGAAUACCCGCAGAGCGGCGGAGGGACGGUCGGUCGUCUUCCGGCGUCGCGGAGAAGAGAGAGAGAGAGAGAGAGAGAGAGAGAGAGAGAGAGAGAGACGAUCACGCGCGCGCGCGACCGCUCGCGCGAGGUGACGUGACGUGGUUGUACAUGCACUUGUAACGCGAGCGCGAGGUUUUAUUACG